CCGCUUCGGCUGCUGGAGCCAUGGACAAAGCCGUUGGCGGGCAGAAUGUGAAACUGUCUGCGGAGGUAGAACCAUUCAUUCCUCAGAAGAAGGGUCCCGAUUCACUCAUGAUGCCAAUGGCGUUGCCUAGCGACGGUGGAAGCGUUAGCGGCGUGGAACCGACUCCCAUUCCCAGCUACCUGAUCACCUGCUACCCGUUCGUUCAGGAAAACCAGUCCAAUAGGCAACUUCCACUGUACAAUAAUGACAUCAGGUGGCAACAGCCGACCCAGAACCCCACUGGGCCGUAUCUCGCUUAUCCCAUAAUAUCAGCCCAGCCGCCUGUGUCCGCUGAGUACACCUAUUACCAACUGAUGCCGGCGCCGUGCGCUCAAGUCAUGGGCUUCUACCACCCGUUCCCGGCCCCUUACUCGGCGCCCUUCCAGGCGGCGAGUGCCGUGAGUGCGGUUGCUACGGAAUGCACGGAUCGUCCAAGCCAGCCAAGCCAGGCCUUUCCAUUGUGUAGCCAGAGGAGCAGAAGUGCCACCAGGGGACCAGUCAUGCAAAAACAGCAGCCUUCGCAGGCACACAUCAAAAGCAGGAGGCCGCCUGUGAAAAGUGUCGCCACUCAGAAAGAGACCGGCACAUCGGGCCCUGAGACCAGACCAAAAAUCGUGUUGCUUGUGGAUGCCUGUCAGCAAACAGACUUCCCCUCGGAGAUCGCCAACAAGUCGCUCUCAGAGAGCAUGACGGCAAUGCACUGGAAGCCCAAAGUCCGGCGGCGGCGGACCUCCCACCCGGCGGAAUCCUCCAGCGAGCAAGGGGCUAGCGAGGCGGACAUCGACAGCGAUAGUGGCUACUGCAGCCCUAAGCACUGCCACCAGGCCGCAGCCAUGACCUCGAGAAGCGGGGACUCCGUUGCACCAAAUAUUGGGGAGCCGUCAGCACACUCAGGGAGUGUCACUUGGGCCAGUGUCAGCUCCCAGGCGACUCAGAAGAAGCCUUGGGUAGAGCGGAUGCCGUCUUUCACAACAGGGGGAAGGCAGCCGGAGCAUCGUAGUAAUUCGCAGCCUGCCUUUCGAUGCAGGGGGCAUAGCACAUCCUCAGAGAGGAGGCAGAACUUGCAGAAACCCGUGGCGGGAUGCCAGUCAAGCAGAAAAGACCAGAGUCCCGAGCCUUUGUAUUUUCAGGAUGAAGAAGAAUUUCCAGAAUUAAAUAGCGACAGUGGAAACUCUAAAAGUGCUAAUAUGCAGCAGAAACAUGCACCAAAAGUGUUGGAUGACCUGCCUGAGAAUUCCCCAAUCAACAUAGUACAGACUCCGAUUCCAAUCACUACCUCCGUUCCAAAGCGGGCGAAAAGUCAAAAGAAGAAAGCUCUGGCUGCAGCAUUGGCCACGGCUCAGGAGUAUUCGGAAAUCAGCAUGGAGCAGAGGAAACUUCAGGAAGCCGUUUCUAAAGCAGCCGGGAAAAAGAGUAAAACGCCGGUGCAGUUAGACUUGGGCGACAUGCUGGCGGCCCUCGAGAAACAGCAGCAAGCCAUGAAGGCUCGCCAGAUUACCAACACCAGGCCCCUCUCGUACACAGUUGGCAGCCCGGCUCCUUUUCACGCCAAAGAACCUGCUAACCGGAAAUCUCUACCUAAAGGUCAGCCUUCGGUGGGUUGCCUCAACCCAUUGGAUUCCACUGCCCCGAAAAUUAAACGAGGGAAAGAGAGAGAGCUUUCAAAGUUGAAGCGGCCCACAGCACUUAAAAAGAUUAUCUUGAAAGAGAGAGAAGAGAAGAAAGGUCGCUUGUCUGUUGAUCAAAGCCUUCUGGGUGCUGAUGAGGAACAAGAGGUACCUCUGGAUCUGACCGCCGACCCGUCAGAAGAUCUAGCAUCUCAAGAAGAAACCGGCCUGAGCGUGCCCAGUGACGCCUCGCUCUCCCCAGCAAGCCAGAAUUCUCCUUAUUGCAUGACUCCGGUUUCCCAAGGAUCUCCUGCCAGUUCAGGGAUAGGGAGUCCGAUGGCGUCUUCAACUAUAACCAAAAUUCACAGCAAGAGAUUCAGAGAGUACUGCAAUCAAGUUCUAAGUAAAGAAAUAGACGAGUGUGUGACCCUUCUGUUGCAAGAGCUUGUCAGCUUCCAGGAACGCAUUUACCAAAAAGACCCCAUGAGAGCGAAAGCAAAGCGGAGGCUGGUGAUGGGCCUGCGAGAGGUGACCAAACACAUGAAGCUCAGCAAGAUCAAGUGCGUCAUAAUUUCUCCCAACUGCGAGAAAAUCCAGUCGAAAGGUGGACUGGACGAAGCCCUGUAUAAUGUUAUCGCUAUGGCUCGGGAGCAAGAAAUCCCCUUUGUCUUUGCCCUGGGGCGUAAGGCGCUUGGCCGCUGUGUGAACAAGCUCGUUCCAGUGAGUGUGGUGGGAAUCUUCAACUACUCCGGUGCUGAGAACCUCUUCAACAAGUUAGUGUCGCUCACCGAGGAGGCCCGGCAGGCCUACCGAGACAUGGUGGCAGCCAUGGAGCAAGAGCAGGAGGAGGCCUUGAAGAACGUCAAGAAGGCUCCCCACCACAUGGGACACUCUCGGAACCCCUCCGCAGCCAGCGCCAUCUCGUUUUGCAGCGUCAUUUCUGAGCCCAUCUCGGAAGUGAACGAAAAGGAGUACGAAACCAAUUGGAGGAACAUGGUGGAAACAUCAGAUGGGCUGGAAACCUCCGAGAACGAACGAGAGGCCAGUUGUAAGGUCGCUGCCCCAGAAAAGCCCGGCAACCUUAAGGCAGCAUCGGCGGCAGUGAGUUCUACUGUGGCGACAGCUGCUAAUAAACAGCUCUCUCUAGCCACGGCUGGAAUCACCUCGGUUGUGAUUCACGGGAAAGGGCCAGGUGGGAAAGAAGAAGCGAAGCCGGACGAUCUGGAAUGGGCCUCUCAGCAGAGCACCGACACGGGCUCCUUGGACGGCAGCUGCAGGGAUAUUUUGAACUCCUCCAUGACCAGCACGACCAGUACGCUUGUCCCGGGAAUGCUCGAGGAAGAGGAGGAUGAGGAAGAGGAGGACGAAGAUGACUACGCUCACGAACCUAUAUCCGAGGAAGUUCAGCUCAACAGCAGGAUCGAAUCGUGGGUCUCCGAGACCCAACGGACUAUGGAAACGCUCCAGCUCGGGAAGAGCCUCAGUAGCGCGGAGGAUGAUAACGUCGAGCAGAGCGAGGAGGAAGAGCUGGAAACCCCCGAGCAAGUCGAGCCGGUUGUCGAGAGUGAAGAAUGGACGGCAGAUAAACAGGGGUGUAAAUCCCAGCAGAAGCCUGCCGCCGGCGGGUCUCUAGAUGCGAAGCGUACGGACUCUAACUAUAUACCCUAA